GUGAUAUGAUUUUAAAGAAACGGCCUUGACAGGACAAAGGGUGGGACAUGUACUAUUAUUUAUGGUUGAGCGUUUAUUUGUCGACGCUUCCCAAAAACACUGGGUUACGUCAUGUAUUGGAACUUUGCUCCAAUCAGGACUCGCUCUGAACUAACGUCUAUGGCUUUGAAACGGGAGGGCUCAGCGUCAAUGCUACCAACGAUGACCGAGAUUCAAAAACACCGGCAAAGCGACAUCCACCAGCAAGCGGCCAACGGCCACCUGCAACAGACCCAUGCUAGGGCUACCUGAGAGAAGUUACUAUUGUGGUUUAGUAUUGGACAGUCUAUGGGAUGAUUAGGUUUGCUAAACAGAGAACACUGUAUUGACAAAAGGAGUGUCAGCAGCAAGACUAGGCGCUCUUGGAAUAAAAGAAAAAGAGGCGCCCAAAUCUGUCCCUUCCGUGGACGGGUCCCCUCCUCGCGCUUUGAGCGCCACUCUCGCGGAGCUAUCGCAACAAUGGACUCAGGUCUCCACGGGGAGCUCACUUUGUGUGCCAUAUCUCAAUGGGUCAGGGGUGUAUAUGCCUCGUAACGUGUGUUCUUUCCCAUGUUAACAUCGUUCUCUGGUAGUGUUUCCUUCACUCGCGCUUGGUAGGUCCAGAGUGAUAGGUCUGAAGAUGCCAGGACGGAACAGGUACAAUCUGGUGGACGAUGUCGCGGAUUCGCGGGUCCCCCUCCAUAACGAAGAGGCGUACCAACACGGGAUACAUUUUCAAGCUAAGUAUGUGGGCAGUCUGGAUGUUCCCAGGCCCAACAGUCGUAUGGAGAUCGUAGCAGCCAUGAGGAGGAUCAGGGCCUAUAAUGACAAUACCGUGGCUGACAGCGCAUCACCUGCUGCUGAAUGACAGCCUGCAGCGUGUGGGUCACGGAGUGAUCUUUAAGAAAACUGCAGAAAAAAGAUCCGGUCAACCACGGAGCACACGCACAUCUCCCUCCCACUCGCGCAGCUGCCAAACUGAGCAGAGACACCGCUGCUGAACAGAGAGCUCACUGAACAGGGAGCGCAGUGGCACUUGGCCAAAUCAAUUCCAGUAAUUAAUGAAAUAUUUAUAAAUUUACUCUGACCCUCUUUGGGUCGCGACCGAUACUUUUAGAGAGGCUGGUGUAUUGUGUUUACUGUAAGCUUAGGUUAUCUUUUGUUGGAGGUUAGAGUGUAUUGUUUUUACAGUAAGCUUAGGUUAUCUUUUGUUGGAGGUUAGAGUGUAUUGUUUUUACAGUAAGCUUAGGCUUGAGCUCUCUGUUGCGUCUGUCCGUCCGUCUGUCUCUUUCUGUAUUUAUGUCUGUAUAUA